AUGGGUAAGCAGAGAAACGCCGGAAAGUUUGGUCUCCGUGACAUCACGGAUGCAGAGAUGGAAUCACUAGGCAGCUUCUGCGAAGCCAUCUUGCCUCCACUUCCCCCGCCGGAAGAAUAUUCCGGCGAACAUGAUCACCAUCCGAACAAAGAGGCUCUCCGGUCGUUUUACACAACUUCCGGAUCUCAAACUCCGAUUCUUCGCCAGACGAUUGAGCUGAUAUUUAGACGAGGGACGAUAGAAGCUUUGCUUUUGUCGAGACUUGUUCUGUUCUUGCUUGCUACACGGCUUGGGACGUUGAUUGUUUGUGGGAACGAAUGUUUGGUCAAGAAAUGGCCUUUCGUUGAGAAAUUCAGUGAGCUCUCGUUGGAGAAGAGGGAGAGAGCGAUUCAGAAACAGUUCAGGAAUUGGGUUUUGACUCCCAUUAGAGCUGCUUUAGUCUACAUCAAAGUCGCCUUCCUCUUCUGUUUCUUCUCCAGGGUAAGUCCAAACGGAGAAAACCCAGCUUGGGAAGCAAUAGGUUAUCGCGCAAACCUCAACGAGAAAACACCUUCUGAAACUCAGAAACAGAGACCUCUUGAGAAAGGGAUAGUGGAGACAGUGAAAGAAACAGAGCAAACCCUCAUCGAAUCACUUGUACAGAAAGGCCUAGAAGUUGACCACGACACAGACAACGACGCGAUCACAAUCAAAUGCGACGCUGUUGUUAUCGGCUCCGGCUCAGGAGGAGGCGUAGCAGCUUCAGUUCUAGCAAAAGCUGGUUUGAAAGUGGUUGUCAUGGAGAAAGGAAGCUACUUUACGCUGUCUGAUUAUCCUCCUUUUGAAGGUCAUGGCUUGGAUAAGCUCUACGAAAACGGAGGGAUCCUUCCAAGUGUUGAUGGGAACAUCAUGAUCUUGGCCGGAGCAACCGUAGGCGGUGGAUCAGCUGUGAAUUGGUCUGCUUGUAUCAAAACGCCGAGAUCGGUGAUUCAAGAAUGGUCAGAGGAGCUAAAGAUCCCUCUUUUCGCUGCGGAAGAGUAUGUUUCGGCUAUGGACUUCGUGUGGAAGAGGAUGGGUGUGAUGGAGAGGUGCGAGAAGGAAGGGUUUCAGAAUCAGAUUCUGAGGAAAGGCUGCGAGAAUCUAGGGUUUAAUGUGGAAAACGUGGCGCGCAAUUCAUCGGAGAGUCAUUACUGUGGAUCUUGCGGGUAUGGAUGCAGACAAGGAGACAAGAAAGGAAGCGACCGGACUUGGCUCGUCGACGCGGUGAGCCACGGAGCUGUGGUUUUAACCGGAUGUAAAGCGGAGAGAUUCAUACUCGAAAAGAACAGUGAAAGCAAAAACAGAGGAGGCAAGAAGUUGAAAUGUUUGGGAGUGAUGGCGAAAUCUUUAAACGGGAACAUAUCCAAGAAGAUAAAGAUCGAAGCUAGAGUAACGGUUUCGGCUGCUGGUUCUCUCUUGACACCUCCAUUGAUGAUCUCAAGCGGGUUGAAGAACAAACACAUCGGUAAAAACCUUCAUUUACAUCCUGUUCUCAUGUCUUGGGGUUACUUCCCGGACAAGGCAUCUUCUGACUUGACCGUCAAGGGAAAGUCUUACGAAGGAGGGAUCAUAACAUCGGUGAGCAAAGUGUUUUCAGAGGAUUCAGAAGUUAGAGCCAUCAUAGAGACACCGUCACUAGGACCAUCUUCGUUCUCAGUGCUAUGUCCUUGGACCUCAGGAGCUGACAUGAAGAGAAGAAUGUCAAGAUACUCAAGAACCGCGAAUCUGAUUACGAUAGUUAGAGAUAUCGGUUCUGGAGAGGUGAGAACGGAAGGGAGAAUAAGCUAUACUGUGGAUAAAACCGAUAAAGAGAAUCUCAAAGCCGGGCUUAGACAGUCUUUGAGGAUACUGAUUGCAGCUGGAGCUGAGGAAGUGGGGACUCACAGAAGCGACGGGCAGAGAUUGAUGUGUAAAGGUGUUGAUGAGAAGUCGAUUGAGGAGUUUUUGGACUCGGUGAAUGCAGAGGAAGGACCUAAAGCGAUGACUGAGAAUUGGAGUGUGUAUAGCUCAGCUCAUCAGAUGGGAAGCUGUAGGAUUGGAGAGGAUGAAGAGGAAGGAGCGAUUGAUUUGAAUGGAGAGAGUUGGGAAGCUGAGAGGUUGUUUGUGUGCGAUGGAAGUGCGUUGCCUAGUGCUGUUGGUGUUAAUCCUAUGAUCACGAUUAUGUCUACGGCUUAUUGUAUAUCCACAGGAAUUGCUAAGUCCAUGACCACAGGUUUAUCACGUUGA